ACGUUAUUUACAGUCAUUUCGAAACAUGUAGACCACGAGCUUUUGGCAGAUCAUUCGAGAAUUAAAUCUUCAUUGGCUGAUGUUGUUGAGCAGAAACUUUUGUUUUUUAGAGAAUUGUCGACAGCAGCACUUAUCAAUCGUGGCCCUCCUGGUCUUUUCGGAUCUUCUCGGUUACAUCUUGAUAUUUUGCUGGGAAGAGAUGAAACAGUUAAGCCUUGCGACUAUUUAGAUUUUAACAACGAUGCAGUUCUGUGA